AUGCCACAACGUCUUCAGCCGCGCAUCCUUCUUCUCAUUAAGCGGCCGAGAGCAGUCAAAUUGUGUUUUCUGCCGCACACAGCGGCCUACGGAAUCAUCAUCACAAACCCCAUCGUCGUCACAAGCACCGUCACCCUCAUCCUCUCAGAUAGCAGGCGUCCUCAGCGGUAUUCCUCUCGCGGAAAUCCUACAAUAGAGCACGAGCAGGGCGGGGAACCUGCCUCCAUUAACCCCGAGUUCGCCGGCGAUCUAUCUGCCAUUGCCAUCUCGACCGCUGACCGGCGGCUCCUUGAUGGUUGGCAAGAGGCCUUAGACGGUCAUCAGAUGGAGAAAUGCCCUCGCUGUCAACAACGUUGGUUCAACAUGAAUAUGCGCAAGGGGCUCUUGGUUGAACUGGUUGAAGAGGUUGACAUUGAGGAUGUACCCAGCGGCGAGAUUGCUGACGAGGGCGACAUUGAGCAGGCUGCUGUGCCUAAUUUUGUCGCUAAACAGCAGGAUAUAAAUGCGUUUCGCUCCCUGCUUGGAAGCCAACCGCAGUCUCAGCCUGGCCAUGUUCCCGUUGUGCCGGGCACCCAGCGGCCUUAUAUAGAGAUGCCUGCCAUCCGGUCAACGCCUCUUAGCGAGUUCAACCGCUCGCAGGCGCUGCUUUCGCUCGCGUUCCCAACACUUUACCCCAGGGGAGAGGCCGAUUUCAUAGCACCAAGGCAGCGGUCGAUAACUUACAGUCGGUAUAUCGAGCACGCGAUGAAAUGGCACGACGGGCGCUUCGCUCGCCAUCCGCGCUUCCGCUACACCGUUUUCAACACACUAAUGCGAAGCCAAGUCAACUCAAGGAGCAGCUUCUUCGUUAAGAGGAGCGGCGGGCAAUCCGUCCCGGUUAACGUUGAGCAGCUCCGGGCAGCCUUUAAUGAUGACAUGCCAGAGUCUUGUGCGUUACUUAAUAAGGUUGUCCGUCAUUCAGCAUCCCUUCGCGGCACAAGGGCAUUCUGGGAAGGCCGACGAAAUCAGCUUGAGGCUCACGUCCAAGCCCUAGGGUGUCCUAGGGUCUUUAUAACCGAUUUACAGCCUGGGGAUAUAGACGAGCCCACGUUGUUUGAGCUGUACGCCAUGCAUUCCAAGGGUGUUGCUUGUCUGAUGAUUAAGCAAGCUGAGCUUGGAUGGUCCAAGGACAACAAGGUGCUUGAUGCUGUCGAUGCCGUCAUUGAGGGCGUCGUCACCGUUUCCAAGCUGAAGACUCCUGUUCAGACGGAUGUUGCCAACGGUACCACUACCACCGAGCACACUACUCCAAUGCGCAUUGCCACUCGAUCCGCGACGAGAGAGAUUCUACAGCCGCCUGCUCAGGCCACCGCCCCUUCCGAAGCGGCAACUACUCCUCGGGUCAUCGAACAGCAGGUGACCACCCCGGCCAAGCCCCUUAGCUCUUUCCUCCAAAAGAGGUUCAGCAUCACAGACUAUUGGUUCCGUUACGAGUGGCAGGCGCGUGGGGAGCACUCAUGCUCACGCUCUAUUCUGGGUCUCAAACGCCCUGUCGCUAGACCUUCGGCCCAGCGUCACAAAUGCACUGAAGCUUAUUGUCUUCGCCGCCGCCGCCUUCCAAACGGUCAGGUUUCAGAGGACAAGUCCUGCCGUUUCUUCUUUCCUCGCACAAGCCAUAGCAGGCCGCACGUUACGUUCACCAUUAACCCCCAGUACCUAAUCUUCGACGGCGUUUGCAAUGACUCCUUUCUCAACAGCUACAACCGCUCCGUUGCCCUUAGGUGGAGGGCAAACCAUGAUAUCUCGCCCUGUACCUUAACCCAUGCUGUCAUCAGCUAUAUAGCCAAGUACUGCAGCAAGGCCGAACCCAGAACUCAGAGCUACAGCGACAUAGCGAAGGAGAUCCUCCCACGCGUCACCAGCGGGCGUGCCCUGACCAGUUUCGUGGCCCGCUUUAUGAACAAACUGGUUGCUAAGCGCGACUGGUCAGCCAUGGAGCUUUCCCACUUGCUGUUGAACCUGCCGCUACAAGUGAGCUCCCGAGUCGUUCAGAACGUCGAUUGCCGGCCUAUGCUGCAAGAUCACAUUCGCGACACUGUUAUAGGCGGUGAGAUUCGACCAGGGCAGUCUAUUUAUCAGAAGUACCUCGGCCGCAGCCAAGAAUGGGUUCAACUCAGCUAUUUUGAUUUCCUAACAAAGGUUAAUUAUUCACGACUUCCCUGGCACUACUAUAGUGCUCCUGAUCGCGUUCUUAAUUAUUUCCCGCGAUAUAAGCCUUACAAGGACCAUCCCAACUUCGAGGACUUCUGCUGUGUUAAGCUGGCCCUACAUCACCCACAUUCCUCUGUUGGUGAUGUUAAGGUUGUCGAGGACACCCCCUUUGACACAUAUGCAGAGGCUUGUGCCCACUGUCGGGAGGUUUAUGCUAAUGUUCACCCAGAGGACUACUACUGUGACCUACCAGCGCCGGAUGAUGAUCUCUUUGAACCUGGCCCCCUUGAAGAAGAUAUAGAGCCUGAUGACUGGGAGCAGCUUGCGGCACAGCUGCCCCAACGUGACGCUGAUACAGAGGAUAUCGAGCUGCUCGGCAACCGCGAUAUUGACAUCCUGUUCGACUAG